UUUCGAUUAGGCUGUUUGCGAGUGUUCCAUUCAGUAAGAGAACCACGGUUCUCGAAAUGAUCAUAGUGGUUGUUAUGUUUCUUUAAAGAAUAUGGCAAGAUGGCGACAUAUUUGAAGCGAACGUCAAAAUUAUUUGAUAUUUCUUUGACACGACCAUCGGUGGAUAUUAGUCUACGAGAUUUAAUAUGCCCAGUAUGCCGCAGCAUCCUGAUUGAACCAGUAACAUUACCGUGCACACACAAUCUUUGCUUAAAAUGUUUGAAAGGUACUUUCGAACACAAUAGUUUGAGUUGCCCUCUCUGUAGAAUACGAGUCGGUUCUUGGCUACGUACAGCAACGAAGACCGAAACAUUAGUUAAUAACGGUCUUUGGGAAUUAAUUCGAACUAAAUUUUCUAAAGAAGUUGAAAGCAAAUAUAGCGGUGACGACAGAAGUAUCGAUUUGGAUGCUGACUAUAGUGGUGCUAAAAAAAUACUUAGUGCAGCUGGAGAAAUUCGGCAGGAAUAUGAAGUGCAACUUCAAAUGGCAGAGGAAGAAAUACGAUGUCAAAGGAAAGCUGAGCAGAUAGCCAGCGAGUCUUUAAUUCGCAAAAUUCAGGAAGAAGAACAGCAACAACAACUAGCUCAAUUAACUCAAGAUCAGUUACUUGCUAAAUCUUUAGUAAAGAAACAGCUUGUGGGCAAACACAAAGAAGUUUCUAAAUAUAAGGACUCUCUUAAUGUAUCUAAUAGUUGUUUUCAUGCUUCAAGAUUGAAUGUUGCCACUAUGACUGAAGUAAAUUCAUAUAACGUAGAAGCGCAAAGUUCAAAGUAUGAAAAACCGCCUCUUUUAGAUUCUCAAGAUAAUCCUGGAUUAAGAAGGUCAAAUAUUGCAUUAAUAUCUAAAAUCCGUGCAGAAAGAUAUGCGUCCAGUUUAAAAAACAAUGCAAACUUGCCUAGAACAUGUAAUGAUCCUACAAGUAAAUUUUGUUGUCAGAAACCAACUGUACAUAAUGCUAUUUCAAGAACUUUAAAGCAUCAAACAGUGUCUAAAAUAAUUGAACCUUGUAUCUCAAAAUGUUCCUUGGAACCUAGAACAUCUACUUCGAAAAUAUAUGGUACUCAGAGCAAAGAAGAGUUGCAUGUACCAAAUGAUAUUGUAAACAGUAAAAAGAAAAGUUUAAGUGUGGAAGUGUGUGUGUCUUCGGGAGACGAUGACGAAAGAACGGGAAGUGCUGAAAGUGCUGGUAGUCAUGAUAGCAUUAACCAAGAAAUUCAUCAUUUUAAACCUAUCAAGGCCAUGCCAAGAACACCAUUAAAAAUGUCUACAGAUGGAAGACAAAUAGAUCCAAAAUUAAUUAGAGUUGUUCCUAUACUUAAAAGAAUAUCUAACGUUGUACCUAAACCACCAUCUCAGGCACAUUUGAAACGAAUUAUUGGAUGUUCCUGGAGUGCAUUUCGAGGGAAAACUAAACAGAGCUCUAAGGAGAAAGAUGUGUGUAAAGAAGAGAUUGAACAGAAACCAUCAACAUCUUGUAAUCAAUCACAAACAAAAUUUCAAACAGACGAUAAUAUCCAUAAACUUGAAUAUAUUUCAGAGGUAUCAUUUGAUUCUAAUAAGAAUUAUGCUAAGAAUGUGAAUAAUAUAAUUAAUGGCACUAAAAUCAGUAAAAACUUAAUAUUAGAAGAGCAUAGAGAUAUUAGAAAGGUACAAAAAUCAUGGAAAUCUCAUAUUAGAAACGGCAUGGUAUGUAAAUCUAAACGACAAAAAUCUUUAUGGAUUAAACAAGAUAUUAAGGCUGCAACAAAUAUGAAAUAUAUGAGUGAUAUCGAAAUGAGAAAUUUGAGUUCUCCAUCUGAAUCUAUAAAGCUAAAUUCACUUUACAAUGAGAAGUCCGAAAUACGAGGCGAGAAUGAAAUAACAAUUGAGAAUAUUGCGGAAAGAAUAAAGAAAAGGAAAAUAAACACGGAUAAAAAGAAUUCCAAUAGAGUAUCCUCGUCAGGUUUAGAAACAAUCAUGAAAAGAGACACAAGAAAGAGACUAUGUAGGAAAGAGGAGAUUGAAUAUAAGAUGACAGAUGAUGUUCCUGUUACAGUACAGAACAGAAGUAGAACUAAGUUUACUAGAGCUACUUUAUCGAAAUCGAAACAGCGAAGGGCAUGCCCAGAAAAACAGUCUAGUACAGAAAAUUCUGAAAAAGGAGAUCUUUCUAUAAGAUUAAAUUGCCAGAAUAACAAUUCUGGCUUAAAAAGAACAACUCGAAAGAUACGACACACGAACAGUUCCAUAAAUAGUGGCACAAAUAUAACAUAUGAGCAUAUGGACAAUAUGGACAAUUGCAAUUUGUCUGAAUCUUGUGUCGAGAUGCAAACGUGUAUAUCAGAGAAUAAUAAUACUACUGAAACAAGUAUAAUUGUAGAGAAAAAUGUUCUUUCAGAUGAAGAAAUUAUCAAAGAGCAGGAACGAAUGGAAAGAUUAGUUAUUCAAGAAAAGGAAGAUUUUGAAUUGGCCCAGAGAUUGCAGGCAAAGUUCGAUGAGAUGGAAGGAAUAGCUGGUCGAACCAGAAGAUCUAGGAGGGCGAUUGAGAGUGAAACGAUUGAGUUAGACUUAUAUAAAAUCGAUGCCGGGAGAAAUGUACAAAAAGCAAUGAAUUCGCAUACUGCCAAAUCAUCGAUUAUCAACCACACUGUAAACACUGAGGCUAAGAAACGUGGUAGACCUCCGAAGCGUAUAAAAUAAUCUAUCAACAUUGAUCAUUAUGUCGGCAAAUCGCGAACCUUCCACAUGGAUGUUCCUAUAAAGUAUAAAAGAAAGGUUUGAAUGACACAUUGUACAAUAAUUUAUCUAUCUUAAUCGAAUUAUUUGCGUGGCUUGAUGUGCGUACCUGGAUAUAUUAUUAUGACCGUAAAAAGAGACAAAAAGUCACAAUGCGUUCAGGAAAAUGUUUAAUGAACGUAUAUGAUCGUGUUUUGUAACAUAUUUUAUUUACAUUUGAUGUUAAAAAUGGAAAAGUGCUGUAUUAAAUCGCAAAGCGAUAAGGUAUUUUGAAAAACAACUAAUCCUAAAGAAACAAAAGCAAAGCUUUUUCUCAAGCAUUUUUAUUCUUUGUUGUCUUCAAAUUAUAUAAUAAUUAAUAGGAGACACAAUUCGACUGACGCAUAAAAAAAUGGGAUUCUUGAGAUUAAAAUUAUAGCUUUAAAAAGAGUUACUACGUAUAAAAAUAAUACACACAAAAUACGUAGUGGUACUAUUAUACAGUUAAGUAUUCAUUUUAUAAAAAUGAAGGUAAUCAUUAAAACUUAGUAUCACAUUUAUAUCUGAAAUAGUAUUAUCUUCUUUUAUAUAAAAACAAGAGAAUAUAGAGCUCUAGUUUUCUGCUAAAUGCAAUUAUAAGCCAAGCAAAAUUAAGAUCUUAUUUCUCUCCUGUUUUAUAGAGCAUUUUUUUGUGUCUUAUCAUUUACCACAGCAACGUUGAUUAAUGUCCUUUAAUCUAACGAAUUUCACUGAAUUAACAAUGGUAAAACGUCGCACUUAACGAUUGGUAGCAAAUUAUAUAAGCGUAAUAUUAUUAUUAUUAAUCUUAUAGAAAUUUGUAGCAUUUUCGGUUUCUAACCGAACUUCGUAAGUUAGACAAAUUGUUUUUUCACACAGUGAUUUGACCGGGAAAUCUUUCUGUGGAAAGAAAUUUGAUUUUGUACGCUUCGUAAUCGUAUUGCUAAUGUCAUAUUGUUAUAUGCAAUAUUUUGGAAUAUUUGUAAUUGUUGCACGUAUCAACAGUUUUCUGUCUCUCUUCCGAUCAUUUUCUUUUCAUUUCCACACAGUUUUUCCUUUUUCGUUUUUAUUUCUUUCUUUCUUAUCUUUACCGUACUCUAAAGUAUUAAAUCUUCGACGAAGUAAUGACUAAUUUGAUCGAAAUGUGUAUCUUUUUAACUUCAUACGCGGUACACAGAACAAAAUAUUACAGACAUAAACUAUGUUUCGACCAGAAGACUUCAAAUAUAUGAUUUACUAAUUGUUAUUUACGUCAUGCGUUUAUAGUUGUACACGAAUUAAUAGCAUCGACAGAGUACAAGUUAUUUCUGAUGAACGACGGGGAUUUGAGGGAAUGUGAACGGAGUGGGGGCGGCAGUGGAAGAAGUAAAAUAGGGAGAAAGUGGAAAGAAUUUUUGCGAACACAUAAGUAUGAUAUCGAGGUGCUUCAACGCUAGUUGCAUAGCAGCGUUGUAACAUGUUGUUACACAAUAAUAGAGUAAUAUGCGUCAGACAUCUCGUUAGAUUUAUUUCUUACUCCGUCAAUAGUGAUAGUCUUUCAAUUCACGUAGAUACAUACAUGCAUUCAUACAAUACAUAAAUCAUAUAUGUAUAUAUAUGAUUAGUAGAUAUAAUUAAAUAUCGUAUACACUAAUGUACGAUUUCGAAGGAAGUAAAUUAAUCAAGAUUAAUACAUUAUAGCUUCGAAUACAACUUAUCGCGCAAAUGUACUAAAAGUGCGUAUUGAUGAAGAUUCAAAGGGAUUAAACUAACUAAACUAUAAGAUUUACGAAUGUAUAAAGAAAAUAUUUACAUAUAGAUUAAUUACAUGAUAUCGUCGAACAAUAUGUAUCAGUAAAUAAGGAAUGGCGAGAUAUGUAUGAUCCAGAUUUGAAAACAGAAAAACGAAUACGAGAAUAAUGUAACAACGGUGAAUAACGUGGAUUUUUGAAAAGUCAUUUUUAUAUACAUUGCACGACUUGCAGAUAGAAAUAAUGUAUCGAAAGUAAUGGGAAGGAAUCAAUCAUCGAGUACCUUGUUGUACUAUUGUUCUUCCUGAUACCUUUUAUGUAUCAAUACAAAUAAACAGAUGUAAUUAUUCUACGAAA